AUGAUUCGUUGCAAUAUUGAUGUAGAAAACUUGCCGGUUAUUGCUGGUGGGGAGGAUUAUAAAAUUUGGGACUUAGACAGCAAAGGUGUUUUCUCAGUUAAGUCGGCUAAGGCCGCUCUUAAGUUGCCAGCUGAAGUUGUACCUUGUGAAAAUCUGUUUUCUCGUCAGGUUGUGCACCCUACUUUGAGUGUGCAAUAUUGGAAGAUUUGGUCCAAGCAAUGUUGUGCUAGUGAAGACAAUAUUAUUAAGAAGACUGGUAGGAGCAUGCCUACUAUGUGUCGUUUAUGUAGAAAAAGUGGCGAAACUCUUAGCCACAUCACUUGGCAUUGCAGAGUAGCUAGGAGGAUUUGGGCUUGGGUGGCUGGAGUUUUCAAGCUCGAUCCAAAGGAAGACCUGGUGGACUCAUAUAAGGCUGCUAAGGGUCGUAGUAUAAUGAUCAAGGACCUGUGGUUAGUUGCAAAUCUGGCAAUUGUCACGGAGUUAUGGAAGUUACGUAACAAGUCUUAUUUUGAGAACAUGGCUUUUCAUUGGCUGGGCUUUAAAGGGAGAGUUUAUCAGGUUAUUCGUGAUAAUUCUAUUAGAAUGAAAGUCCACAUGCAUAAUACUUUAGAGGAGUUACGCAUUCUGAAUUAUUUCAAAGUGCGGCAUAGAUCAUGCAAAACGUCUACCCCAAUUGAGAUUAGUUUGUCUCCUCCUGAUCAAGAUGAAAUCAUGAUUUGUUGUGAUGGUGCUUCUUUCGGAAACCUGGGCCAAGCUGGUGCAGGUGUGGUUUUCAGGAAUGCAAGUUCAGAGGUGCUUGGUGUUCUUUGUGUUGGCCUUGGUUGGCAAACAAAUUUCUAUGCGGAGGUUUGUGCGAUUAUUUAUGGUGCGAUUAUGGUUAAGAGAUGGAAUUUGAGGAGUAUUUUCAUACGUUCUGAUUCGAAGAGUUGUAUUCAAGAUUUUCAAAAGAAGGAGUUGCCUUGGCAGCUGGUGCAGAAGUGGAAAAUUGCGAAGUCGUUCUACUCAAAUGUCUGUUAUAUUCAUAGUUAUAGGGAGGCUAACUUUUCAGCUGAUCGGCCAAGCAAGCAUGUUUGCUGGCUGAGGAUAUUUUUGAGUUUUUUGAGGGUAGGAUUGGUUUUAUUCCUGCUGUGGAAUGGCCUGGAAGGGUUUAUUUCGUUUCACUUAGGUCUUUCUGGUGAGUGGCCUAGCGGCUAG